AUGAAAAGAAGAUUGAGACUGGAAUGCCAACAACAUAGAGAAAUAGUCCAUACUCCUUUGCUCUAUGAUACUUCUAUGCUCCCACAUUGGAUGCAAUUACUUAUGAAAAUGAGUUUGAAAUUCCAGUAGCGAAAGUUAUAAGCAUAUAGCAAAAAUUAAAAAGAGUCAUAAAUGCAGUUUAUUAAACAACUCCAAGUAUUGAGCCAGAAAAGAUCAUAACUAAAUAAAUACCCCACCAUUUAAGACUGUUCAUAGACAUAUUAAAAAAGCCUAGAUAGUCUCCUUUGUGAAUCAUAAAAAAACAAGAAAAGAGUUCCAGGUAGUAAGUGUACCAAGUAUUCUUUCGCAUACUUUGAAGAAAGCUCGUCUUAACCUGUAAUUACUAAUAUUUUAUCUGAGAAUAAUAUGGCUGAGGAUAUACAAACCCAAGCUAUAAUCAUUAAUGUUCUAGAAGUAUUUAAAUAAUCACCAGCAAGUCUAUAUUAAUUUGCCCCAUAUGAUUAACUUAGAAAAGUUUCUAGAGCCCCAUUUAUCCCAUACAUUACUGCAAAUGGAAUAAAAUUAAGGAAAAGAUUUCCUAGAACUAUUCCAUUCAGCUCAUGUGUCGAUCUUGUAACUCCAAUCAUUUACACGUUAAUAAUCUCAGGAAGAAACAUAAAAAACAUUGCACAAACUGAAGGUAUAGCAAGUUAAGAUAUUUCUUUAAAUUUUUGA